UUUCUUUGCUUGAAACCACCCCCCCCAGAGUAACCUUCAGCCGCAAAGCUGUUGUCCACGUGGACCGGAGCCGACAUCGCACGUCCAUCCGCCAGGACCCCCGUGUCCAGAUUCAGAGACAUGGCCACUAAUGGCAGCAAGCUGGCCGAUGGGCAGAUCUCCACGGAAGUCAGCGAGGCCCCCAUGGCCAACGACAAGCCCAAGACCCUGGUGGUGAAGGUGCAGAAGAAGGCUGGGGACCUUCCCGACCGGGACACGUGGAAGGGCCGCUUCGACUUCCUCAUGUCCUGCGUGGGCUAUGCCAUCGGCCUGGGCAAUGUCUGGAGGUUCCCCUAUCUCUGCGGGAAAAAUGGUGGCGGGGCCUUUCUCAUUCCCUACUUCCUGACGCUUAUCUUCGCGGGGGUCCCCCUCUUCCUGUUGGAGUGCUCCCUGGGCCAGUACACAUCCAUCGGGGGCCUGGGCGUGUGGAAGCUGGCCCCCAUGUUCAAGGGUGUGGGACUUGCUGCCGCCGUACUGUCCUUCUGGCUGAACAUCUACUACAUCGUCAUCAUCUCCUGGGCCAUCUACUACCUGUACAACUCCUUCACCACGACAUUGCCCUGGAAACAGUGUGACAACCCCUGGAACACGGACCGCUGUUUCUCUAACUACAGCAUGGUCAACACCACCAACAUGACCAGCGCCGUGGUGGAGUUCUGGGAGCGCAACAUGCACCAGAUGACAGACGGGCUGGAUAAGCCAGGUCAGAUCCGCUGGCCGCUAGCCAUCACCCUGGCCAUUGCCUGGGUUCUUGUGUAUUUUUGUAUUUGGAAGGGUGUCGGCUGGACCGGAAAGGUGGUCUACUUCUCCGCCACGUACCCCUACAUCAUGCUUAUCAUUCUGUUUUUCCGUGGAGUGACGCUGCCCGGGGCCAAGGAGGGCAUCCUUUUCUACAUCACCCCCAACUUCCGCAAGCUGUCGGACUCCGAGGUGUGGCUGGAUGCAGCUACCCAGAUCUUCUUCUCCUACGGGCUGGGCCUGGGAUCCCUGAUCGCCCUUGGAAGCUACAAUUCUUUCCACAACAACGUCUACAGGGACUCCAUCAUCGUGUGCUGCAUCAAUUCGUGCACCAGCAUGUUCGCCGGAUUUGUCAUCUUCUCCAUCGUGGGCUUCAUGGCUCAUGUCACCAAGAGGUCCAUUGCUGAUGUGGCGGCCUCAGGCCCUGGGCUGGCAUUCCUGGCAUACCCGGAAGCAGUGACCCAGCUGCCCAUUUCUCCCCUCUGGGCCAUCCUCUUCUUCUCCAUGCUACUGAUGUUGGGCAUCGACAGCCAGUUUUGCACCGUGGAGGGCUUCAUCACCGCCCUGGUGGACGAGUAUCCCAGACUCCUCCGCAACCGCAGAGAGCUCUUCAUUGCUGCCGUCUGCGUCAUCUCCUACCUGAUCGGUCUCUCUAACAUCACCCAGGGGGGUAUUUAUGUCUUCAAACUUUUCGAUUACUACUCUGCCAGUGGCAUGAGCCUGCUGUUCCUCGUGUUCUUUGAAUGUGUCUCCAUUUCCUGGUUUUACGGUGUCAACCGAUUCUAUGACAAUAUCCAAGAGAUGGUCGGCUCCAGACCCUGCAUCUGGUGGAAACUCUGCUGGUCUUUCUUCACCCCCAUCAUUGUGGCGGGGGUGUUCAUUUUCAGCGCUGUGCAGAUGACUCCUCUCACCAUGGGAAGCUACGUUUUCCCCAAGUGGGGCCAGGGCGUGGGCUGGCUCAUGGCUCUGUCUUCCAUGGUCCUCAUCCCCGGGUACAUGGCCUACAUGUUCCUCACCUUAAAGGGCUCCCUGAAGCAGCGCAUCCAGGUGAUGAUCCAGCCCAGCGAAGACAUUGUCCGCCCGGAGAACGGUCCGGAGCAGCCCCAGGCCAGCAGCUCAGCCACCAAAGAGGCCUACAUCUAGGGGCGUGGGGCCGCUCGCCGACCCAACACUGUCACCCCCCCCAACCUGGUUGAAGGCGACCACCACUUGAUGACUGAAGAUAACCUUCUAUCUCCACCUACCUCAAGUGGCGAGUCCAGAUUCCAACACCACACAAAGAGAGGGGAGGUGGGGGGGCAGUCAGACCCCUGGGGGGGCCCUGCCGGGGGCGGGGGCCAUGUAACCCAGUGGCUUCCAGCAUCCGGCGGGCUGGUGAUCUUUCUCCUGGGGGGGGACCCCAUAAGCAUC